AUGGGUGGGAUGCACGAUUGGUGGAAACGGAUGGGACACGUGAACUUACUCAGUUUACUUAAGGUACACGCCAACGGGUCAAUCGUAUCUGCAGUCUCGAUCUCCCUCGUCGCACCUGCGCUCAUGGCGGUCGGCGAGGCGGAGCAAGGACUAGCCUACUGGCUGCGGUGGAAAGUGGCUCUAUGCCUCGUGGUUCUGGCUAUCCCUGCCGCCGUGUCGGUGUCCGUGAUCUCGUCGGGCAGGGCUGACCCCCUCAGAUCCUCCGAUCUCUGGCUCUCGUGCUGGAAGAAGGCCUGCCGCUUUUGGCUUCUAGGAUUUCGAGUUGUUUCUCUAUCGAUCUUCUACUUUUUGUUGUGGCAGGUGCUUCUCCUUGACGGCGUCUUCGCCUUCUAUUUCUAUACUCAGUGGACAUUUUUGUUAGUGAUCAUCUAUUUCCUGAUUGCUAGUGUGAUAUCUGCUUAUGGUUGUUGGAUGUAUGGAAAGUGUGCCACUGAAAAUGACGAGGCAAAUGCAUUCCUUAAAGAAGAUGUUGUAGUAGAUAUACCUGUAACUUUGAAUGCAACAAAUAGAAACAAAAAUGCUAGCAAAUCACGUAGUAACUAUGAGCAUGGUUAUUGUCAACAAAAAGCUGGAUUUUGGGGUUACCUUAUGCUAGCAAAUCACGUAGUAACUUGUUCCUGCAGUGUGAAUUGUUAG